CACGGGAAAAGGGAGAGAGACUAACAGAAACUUUGGAGAUAGUUUGGAGAUGACAGCUGAACACACACCAACCCAUCUGUAGAGCUCGGCCGCCAUGUCUAAAGCGACGGUGAAGAAGCUGCACUGGCGCUCCAAGGUGCAGGAGAGCUUCGUCCCGCUGGGCGGCGGCUCUGGAGAGCUCGGUCUGGCCAUCGGAGGCGGAGCCGACUACGGCGAGUUCCCCUUCGUCACUGCGGCUCACGGGGGCGGGGCCACCGUGGGCGACAUCAUCUUAGAGAUCGGGGGGACGCCCGUGUUAGGGAUGACCCUCGGUGAUGUCAGAGGAGUCCUCAACUCCUGUCCUCAUCCAAUCAGAAUCAAGACCGUCUCACCAGGUUCGUCCCUCUGUAAGGACCUCAGGUUGUACCUCAGCAAGUGUUUCACUCCGGGCUCCAUGGACAGUCAGCUGCAGCAGCUCAUCCGAGAAAACCUCUACCUGAGAGCCGUACCAUGUACGACGCGGCAGCCUCGAGACGGGGAGAUCUCAGGAGUGGACUACAACUUUGUGUCCAUCGAGGAGUUUUUCUCUCUGGAGGAGUCAGGAGCUCUGCUGGAAAGCGGCAAGUUCAAAGGCAACUAUUACGGUACGCCCCGCCCAGUCCACAUCGGUCCGGAGAGUCCACCAAUCACGUACCAGGAGCAUCGAAACCUUCUGAGGAACUUCAGGACGAGGAGCAAAUCUCUGAGCAACCUGGAGAAAGCCGUGGAGGAGGGGGACAACAGCGAGGAGGACAGCGGACUCUCAGCGGGUUCAGCUGGAGCCCCGCCCAACACCCUGCCUCUCAGCCAAUCGUGGGAGUCGGCGGUGGGGAGUCGAGAAGGAGCGGAGAACGGAGGAGGAGUAAGAGGAGCAGGGAGAGGACGGGGAGCAGCAGGAGGAGUAGGAGGAGUAGGAGGUCCGCUGCCUGAAAACUGGGAGCUGGCCUUCAGUGAUUCAGGAGAGCCGUAUUAUAUAGAUCAUAACUCAAAGACGACCAGCUGGCUGGAUCCUCGGACUCAGAGCAAAGAGGCGACUUCCUGCUCUGAACUCCCAGAGUUCACAGAGCAGCCGAGUCUGCUGAGAGGUUACUCCAUCCACACCCGGCUCUCUAAAGGACCCCGAGGCUUCGGCUUCAACAUCGUGGGAGGAAGUCGACCCCGAGAGUUUCUGCAGGUGUACAGCGUCACACCUGGAGGUCCUCCUGCACUAAACACAGCGGACAUCUUGGUGUACAUCAACGACACCUGCGUGCUCGGUCGCUCUCAUAAGGAGGUGGUGGAGAUGCUGAAGUCCGUGCCGAUGGGUCAGAGCGUGGACGUGGUGCUGAGGAGAGGAUACCCCAUGCUUUAUAACCCCGAUGGAUGUCCCAAACAGAGCCUGGAGACGCCACAGAACUCCUCUAACCCUCCUAACGGGAACCGCAGCCAGACGCACCUCACCUACAGCCGCCCGCUGGAUGCCAGCGACAACACACCAGGGAUGAACCAAACCCCGCCUUCCUUUGCUACUCAGCCAAUGACGAACGGUCUGACCGGCCCAUCUACCCCAACGUCCUCGGACGCCCCGCUCGGUCCACCACCACUUCCAGAGAGAACGUCAGCCAAUCACAGCGACUCUGACGGCGGUGUGUCCAGUGCAGGAACAAGAAGGUCGUCUCUGAUUCGUUACAACAGCAGCACUCUCCCCGCCCUCUCCUCCUCUGGCCUCCUCCACCAUCAGAGCUCCAAGUCUUCAGAGAGCGACCUGUCCACGUCCACGCUCCCCAUCUCCUCCUCCACGCUCCCUCUGACGUCCUCAUCAUCCCACGCUCUGUCCAAACUGCCCCUCUCUCAGCCGGAGACGGGCCUUGGCCAAAACUCCUCCAGCCCGACCUCCACCAACAACCCCAGCACCUCCUCCACGCCUCCUGGUGCUCCUGUGCAGCGCCCGGUGAUGCCCCAGACAUCUCUGGCUUUAACCCCACCCAGAGACAUCCCGCCCUGCGGUUUUAACGGCUGCCCGGCCAAUCACCAAACACCUUCCUCGGCCUCCAGAGGAAACCCCGGGCUGGUGCUGCCCCUUGGAGCGGGGUCUGCAGGAUCACCGCCGAAUGGGGAGCUCGUCCCUGUGCCUCUCGGGCGCAGUGAGAGUGGGGGGCUGGGGUUCAGUGUGACUGCAGGGGGGCAAGGAGGGCAGCUAGCAGUGGUGAGGAGGGUCUGGGAUCGAAGGCACUGCCCCUCGCUGCAGCCAGGGGACACUAUAGUGAAGAUCAACGGAGCAGAUGUGCAGAGUCUCAGCUUCUCACAGGUGCAGAGAGUCCUACAAGAACACACCAAACAGGGAGAGGUGGUCCUCCUGGUCUACAGAGGUCCAAUCUCUUCCCCGGUUGUCACCCCUAACCUCUACAAGCCCCUCCCCUCCCCCCACAGCCUGGCCACACCCUCUUCCUUACACCCCUCAACUUUAGCCGACUUGCCUUCCCCGUCCACGGGUGCCUUGGUGGGGGGCGUCCCCCCACUCAACCAGGCCGGCUUGGCCUUGGAGAGUCCUCAGGAGGGACACCUACCAGCCCCAGGGACCCACCAAGGGACUCCUCCAGCUCAGACUCCUAACGGCUCCCCGGCCUCGGCCCUCAUCCAGAGCACCAGCUUCUUGGAUUCUGUUCCCGUGACGCUGACCCUGGAGCCUCGUGAUCUGCUGGGGGUGGAGGAGAGUGCAGGAGGGCCUCCUGGUAGAGGAGGAGCGCCCGGAGCAGCGUCCAAGGAUGGAAGAGGAGUAAAGACGGUGGAGGUGGAGCUGAGGAGGAGGCCGGGAGAAGGCUUCGGAUUCGUCAUCGCCUCUCAGGAAGUCACCAGUGGGUCCCCCUCCCUGAUGUCCCACAGGUUUGUGACGGUGCGGCGGGGCAGCCCGGCGGCACGCAGCGGGCAGAUUCAGCCCGGGGACCAGCUGGAGGCGGUGGAGGGCCGAGCCGUGGGGGGGCUGCAGCAUCGAGACCUCGCCCAGAUCCUGAGGAGGGCGGGGAACACCCUGAGACUGAGCAUCACGCCACGACACCACUCAUCCACUGUGUCUGAAGGAGCAGAUCUGGACAUUGAUGGCCGGCUGAUGAAAGGAUCCAGAGGGAGGUCAAAGGAUGAGUCCAGGUUCUACAGCGUCGACCUUGAACGGGGUCCCACGGGUUUCGGUUUCUCUCUGAGGGGGGGCAGCGAGUACAACAUGGGGCUGUACGUUCUCGGGCUGAUGGACGGGGGCCCGGCCCAACGCAGCAACAAGAUCCAGGUGUCCGAUCAGCUGGUGGAGAUAAACGGAGACAGCACAUCAGGGAUGACUCACAGUCAGGCUGUGGAGCAGAUCAGGAGAGGAGGACAUCGAAUCCACCUUGUCCUCAAGAAAGGAAACGGAUAUGUGCCCGACUACGGCCCUGAGGAAGGAGCCCUCUCCCCCUCCUCCUCCUCACACACAGAGGAGCAGGAUGCAGAAACAGUAACCAUGACAACCGCCUCCUACAGCCAGCACAGAGGAGGAGGAGGAGGAGGAGAGAGCAGGAGAAGGGCGAGGAGAGAAGGAGUAACCAAAAGAAGAACACGAGCAGGAGGAGGAGGAGGAGGGUUAGGGCCUCCUGAUCUAGACCUGGACCUAGUGGAGGAGGAGGCGGAGGAAGAGGAGAGGAGGAGGGAGGAAGAGGAGAAGAGGGAGGAAGAAGAGAGGAGGAGGAGAGGCAAGUCAGCCAAGCAGAAGGAGAACCAGAGGGAGCAGGAGAGGAGGAGCAGGAGUUUACCCAGGAACAGCGCUCCUUCCUGGGAUACGACGACGCUGGAGGAGAGGGAGGAGGUGGAGGAGUCUGGAGGAAGAGCGAAGGAGAGGAGGAGGAAAAGCGAGUCGAAGAGCAGAAGGAGAGUGAUAGAAGAAAAGGAGGAGAAGAGAGACCACAGCACCACCCCAAAGCAUUCUGGGAGCUCGCCUUCUCCUCAGAAAGCAGCGUUCUCCUUCCUGAUGCCGAUGAACGACGAGGAAGACGAGCACCAGCCUGUAUCUGACAGCGAAUCAGCAGCAAGCUUCUCGGAAGUCAGCCUAUCAGCAGCCAGCAUUGCUACCGCAGGCUGGAAGGAGGAUUCUGAUUGGAGGAGAGCUGAGUCGCCGUGGAAACAGGGGAGCACACCCGGCCCGUGGCUGAAGCCGACGCCGCAGAGACUGACGCAGGCCCUUACAGGAAGUCGGCCCAGUGGUCGGGAACUCGUGGGCGGUCUCUCUCUCUGAUUGGCCCACAGUGAGGAUGUUCUCUUUCCUAAUUGGCUAUAUAUAUAUAUAAGGGCUUUUUUUAAUGAGAAGACCCGCCUAUGCCUGCGUCUGAUUGGAUGACAGACAAUUUGAUUGGAGCAUGAGACGCAAGCAGAAAACGACUUGUCUUUUGAUUGGCUUGUGGGCGGGUUUUGAGGCCUCUGAUCGGCCAAUGACAUAACAGCUGCACACAGAGCCAUCUAAUUAACAAACAGUUGUGUUUAUAUUUACCCAUCAUGCCUUUGUGCAUCCUGAAAACAUACAUCAUGAAGCCAUAUGAGCGUUCAAUCAAGCUUCACAUUCUGGUAUCACAGCGCUGGUUUACUUCAGCCAGGUUGUAACUUUAUCGACCAAUCACAGCAGUGAGAGGAGACCGAUCAGCAUCUUCCUACAGGAGCCUUACAGGGACAAAAAGCACCGCUGUUAAUAAACUAAUGAAAAGCAAGAGAUAGAAAGAAUUAUUAACAUUUUUGCUAAGGUUUAGUUCUGCUGCAGGACGAUUAUUCUCCUCCUUCGCUCAAAUCAGCCACGGUAAUCGCUCCUAACCUUAGUUUCAAAUACGGUCCACAGAAAAUAUUAAUCAAUUUUUAAAAUCUGUUAAAACCUACAGAAUAAAAGCUGGUUAGCUGGUUGAACAAGAUGAUACCUGAUAACACUGUGAUGUGUUUGAGGACAGCUCAGUAAAAUGACUAUUAGACAAAGGUGAAGAAAGCAUCAUCAGAUUGGUGCAGUUUUUAAAUACUUAUUGAUUCAAGAAACCUUAAAUUCCAUGAGACCAGUCUGAAGCGGAUUAAGGAGCGGUGUUGGACAGAUUUUACAUCACUGUGAGAGCAGGGAGACGCUGACAUGGAGGAACCAGAGUGCACUGAAGGGACGAUGAAGCAUGCAAUUAAAUCGUGAUUUUAAAUGAAAAUAGUGCACUAAUUGUGGGAUUCAAUUAACCACAAUUAAUGUGAUUAAUCUUGACAGUCCUGCUUAAAAUACACUCUGACAAGUCACUCUUAAACACUGAGAGGAAAACACAAAUUCUCACAAAUAAACCUUGCAGUGCAGACAGGUUUUCCAGACUCCAUGUUUGUCAUCGGGCAACUCCAUGCUGAAAAGCUCCAACCCACAGCAUUUGUGCAGAACUGAACACUGUUUGGACCAGUCAGCAUCAUUUUAGGAGAACGAGGUGGUAGCUGUGGGCGGGGUUUAGCGUCAGUUUUACUGGAACCAGAUCCAAUUUCUUUAUUACUAAAGAAUAAAAACAACACUAAAAGCUCCUUAUGAUGGGAAAGAUUAUUUCGCCCUUUUUCUGGUCUGCUUUGGCAUUAUUUGCAAUCAUUAGGGGUGGAGUCUGUCUGUGUAUCCAAUAGCUGUUGCCACAGUAGCCAUUAGCUCGGAUGUAGCUGUAGGAAAGCGGCAGUUUAAUCGAAACUGGACCUGUGUAUUUUUUGGCAGCUAUUUCUAAUUUUAGUAUCAGUCCUUAGAUGAAAUGCCCCUUAGUUUCAGUCGACGAAAACUCAAGAGCAUUUUAGUCUAGUUUUAGUCCAUAAAAGUCCUCACAUUUUAGUCUUUACUUUUAGUCCAAGCAUUUAUUCUCUUGCCUAAAUCUGGUACCAAACCAUGAUAGUGUUCUCUCCACUCUGCAGAAUAGAUACAGAUGCAUUGUUUUAUUGACAGAUUUACCCACAGUGGUGAAAUAUCAAGGAUUUUGAAUGUCUGACAAAAACUACAUUACA